AUGAGCAAAAAUUCAUCUCAAGAAUAUUCAUUUCAAUCAAAAAUCAAUGAAAAUUUUUUUGAAACAAAACACCUUCAGGAUACAAAUAGACUUAAUAAUGUUGAUUAUCUUUCAGAUAUAGCUUUUAAAGAUGAGUUUUUGCAUAACCAAAAAGAGACAAACAUAAUGGAAUAUCCAAUGUCUUCGAAAUUCAAUAGAUGUCCAAAUACUUCGGAAAGAAACAUGUAUCCAUUUUGUAUAUCUCAUGAAAAACACAAGAAUUCUACGCCUUCGAGCAAACUGCAUGUCAAAGAUGUGCUACCAACACCUAGCUAUCAUUUAUCAUCACAGUCAUGUUCUUCAAUAAACAUGAAAAAUGCCACUAAAUUGGAGAAUCAGAUGCAACCGUUUUCACAUUUACACAAUACAUCUAAUGUUUGGGUGGAUUGGAAACAUUCUUUAAACUCACAGAAUCAGGAACAUAAUGAAAAAUCAAAUUUACCUUAUUGUUUAAGGCCACCUGGUUCUUCAAUAUCUACUACAUCGCCAUCAUACAAAAACAAUUUGCCUUUCAAAGACAGUAAUUUGUCUUUAAAAUCCUCACUAAGAUCUUUUAGUAGUUCUUUAGCUCUUUCAAAUAAUUCUACAUUAUCUGGGAAUUCUUUAGGAAAUCUUUUUAAAUAUGAAAGCAUUAAAUAUGAAGAUAAUUCCACAUAUGAGCAAUUUCUAAAACACAGGUCUACAUUCUCAAAUAUUUUUUCAGACUUUUGUACUGUAAAAUUAAAACCAAAUCUUUCAAAAAAAAAAGUAUUUUCUUUACUUAAAAAAACGGAUUGUCGAGGAAAACCUAUUAGUCUUUUACAUGCCUCUACAAUACACUUAAUUUCAAUUUUUAAAAUAUGUAAUCCAAAAUUUAACUAUGAGCUUUCUAAAAACCCUAAAAGAGCUCUUACAAAGCCAAAUAAAGGUACAAAAAAUGAUGGAUACGAUAAUGAAGACAAUGACUAUAUUCUAUAUGUAAAUGAUAUAUUAGGAUCAGAUAGAGGCAAUAGAUAUUUAAUACUUGAUAUUUUAGGACAAGGCACAUUUGGACAGGUUGUUAAAUGUAGAAAUAUACGAACUCAAGAAAUAGUAGCUGUUAAAGUUAUAAAAAAUAAACCAGCUUAUUUCAACCAGAGCAUGACAGAAAUUACUAUAUUAGAUCUAUUGAAUAAAAAGUUAGAUAAAUCAAGAAAGUAUAACAUUUUACAAUUAAAAGACACAUUUAUUCAUAAAAAACAUCUUUGUAUUGUUUCUGAACUUCUAAGUGUAAAUCUAUAUGAACUUAUAAAACAAAACCAAUUUAAAGGUUUAAACACAAAUUUGGUUAGAAUCUUUGCAGUUCAAAUAUUAGAUGCAAUGAUUGUUUUAAAUGAAGCAAAAAUAAUCCAUUGUGAUUUAAAACCUGAAAAUAUCUUACUAAAUAGCCUGGAAAGCCCCGUAGUUAAAAUCAUAGAUUUUGGCUCUGCAUGCCACGAAAGACAAACUAUAUAUACAUAUAUUCAAUCAAGAUUUUAUAGAAGCCCAGAAGUUUUACUAGGUUUGCCCUAUUCAUCAUCUAUUGAUGUAUGGUCUUUUGGCUGUAUCAUAGCUGAGUUAUUUCUUGGCCUUCCACUUUUUCCAGGAACAUCUGAAUAUAAUCAAAUAUUUAGAAUAGUUGAAAUGCUAGGAAUGCCUCCUGCUUGGAUGAUAGAAAUGGGAAAACAAUCAAAAGAUUUUUUUGAAAAAAUCAUAGAUAAUACAGGUCAUAAAAUAUAUUGUUUAAAGACUAUGGAACAAUAUGAAAAAGAGCAUAAUACAACAGAAACACCAAAUAAAAGAUACUUUUCAGCUUCUACAUUACCCGAAAUCAUAAAAACAUACCCUAUGCAAAAAAAAUUCACAAAAUCUUCAGAUAUUGAUAAAGAAACUAUUUUGCGUAUGACUUUAACUGAUUUUCUAAUUGGUUUAUUAAAUAUUAAUCCUUUAGAACGUUUAUCACCUCAACAAGCUAAAAUGCAUCCAUUUAUAACAGGAGAUAGACUUACUAAGAAAAUUAUGUCUCCACUAGACGUUAACCCUUUUUUUAAAUUUCCUGAAAAUACAUCAAAUAUCAACCAUCUCGAUUCUUCACCAAAUUCUCAAUGUUCUCAAAAGAUUAUUGGUCCUAAACCGUACUCUAUUCCAUUAUUAGAUUUGCAGACAAAAGAUAAUUCCUAUAUACCCAGUAAUACAGAAACACGAGAUUCUUCAGAACUUUUUUCAAAUUACACAAAUCCUUUAUAUCUUUCUACAUCAACUGACAUUUAUAAUCAAUCGCAGGAAUCAAAUAGACAAAAAAGAGUACCUGAUAUACCAUCAUCGAUACCAUCAAAAGAUUUUCAAAAAUAUCCAAAUACUUCAAAUCUACCACAACAAAUUUAUGAAAUGGAUUAUUUCCCUAAAUCAUCAGAACAUUCUUCAUUUUUAAUGUUUCAAAAUAAUUACGAAAUACCGCUAAAAUAUCCAUCAAAGGUUAAUCGUAAAGAUAGAAAACCUUUUCUUUCUUUUUAA